GCGCUCUAGACGAACAGUUGUUCAUAGACUCUGAGAUUACGCGCACGCACAUAGUUCUGUUAUUAUGUUACUCUAUGUAAAAGAGGUUUUCACGGAUUGUUGUGUUAAACUGAUAAAUGAGACUGACUGACUGUAUAAGAUAGUCUCGGAGCACGGUGCAGACAUGUCGCAAAUAUAUUUGCAAAAUGGUUGCGGGCUUUCUUUUGCGGAUUCUCUUCUUCCCAGCUAUCUCACUCUGGAUGAUGGGCAUUCAGAGACAAAUCUAACGCUGAUGGGCGUUACAGCCGGCCACACCCUACAGCCUGUAUCCAUGGACAACGGGAUGGAUACGGAGGACGGAGAUAAGUCUCCUCAACCCGUCCUUACUCAGCUCUCGAACUCCGAUUACAAGUUUGGAAAUAUUGAUUUCCGAGCUGAGUUUAUCAGUCAACCCAUCUCCGAGUUCAAUUUGAGUAGUUUAGAGGACUCAGCCCUCUCCGUGAACCUACCAAGUUUCUCUGACACGUACACUAAAUCUGUGAUAACGACCAUCGAACCCAGGGUGUUUGGGGCCGAGGCAGAGUAUGAGAACAGGAUGAGAGAGAGACGUGAGUCUAAACAUCAUAUUCUACAGAUUAAGAACGAGAUCUCUAACUACUGUCAUGAGGACCUGGAGCAGUUAAGACCGAACUCUGUGAUAAUUUCUAGCAUGAAAUCUAACUGCCGGGAUCGAUCUCCGUCUCCUCUCCUGUUACCAAUCCUUCACAGCUCAAUAGAGAACUUUCUUCACUCCCAGGAGAGUCGGGUUAGUGAGACCAGUGAUUCAUCAUUCAACCAAGAUCUUUCUGAUCCUGUUUCAUCCAGCUUAUUUAAUUCAUCCUCAUUCUCUCAUCUUACCCAGUCCAGUUCAGAUCUUAGUGAAUUUAGUUCUAGUUUUUCCCCCGGGGUUUCCGGACACUCCAUUAUCCUUUCCUGUAGUAAGAUAGACUCAGAGCAUUCGGAUACUACCAAACUCAGCUCUUCACCAGUGUCUGAUGCUCCCACAUCGCCUGUACAGUGCUCGGUCCAUAUACCGACUGGGAAGCGUACAGCAGUUAAUACAAAGCAGGUUCUUGGUGCGUGUCUACUGUGCGCGGUUUGUGGAGAUAAUGCCGCGUGUCAACAUUACGGAGUGCGCACGUGUGAAGGCUGUAAAGGAUUCUUCAAGAGAACUGUACAGAAGAGUGCUAAGUACGUCUGCCUGGCGGAUAAGAACUGUCCUGUGGACAAACGGCGGAGAAACCGCUGCCAGUUCUGCAGGUUUCAGAAGUGCCUCACGGUUGGGAUGGUGAAGGAGGUUGUGAGGACGGAUGGUCUUAAAGGUAGAAGAGGCCGUCUUCCAACCAAACCUCGGACCCAGCUGGAGCAGAGUUCUGCUCCUCCCGUCACUAUGAUCACAGCUCUGGUCCGAGCACACAUGGAGUCAACACCAAAGCUGGAAAACCUCGACUAUUCUCAGUAUAUAGAGAUGACGGAUGAAGAUCUCGAUAGUAAGGCUGGUCUUAUUUCUAGCGAGGCUGCAAGGAUCUCCCAGUUCUACUCUAUCCUAACCUCAAGUAUAGACGUGAUAUAUAAGUUCUGUGAUAGGAUACCUGGAUACAAUGAACUACAGAAACCUGAUAGAGAACUUCUUUUCAGAUCUUCCUGCCUUCAACUCUUUACACUCAGGCUAGCACACAGAUCUCUCCCUGACAGUCAGAAGUUUACCUUCUGUAAUGGUGUUGUUCUUCAUCGGAACCAAGUGAAGACGACCCUAGGAGAUUGGUUGGACGGAAUUACAGAGCUUUCUAAAUCUCUUCAGCAAAUAGACAUCGACGCUUCAGCUUAUGCUUGCUUGGCAGCUCUUAUACUAGUCAAUGGAAAUUCAGAUCGUGAAGGGUUAGCUGAAGGAGUUAAGGUUGAGCAGUUAAAUGAACGUAUUCUCGCCGCCCUCAGAGAUCAUGUGACCUACAAUCCAGAGGCUCAGAAGAAACCCCAAUAUCUAACUCGUGUUCUGGAAAAGCUACCCUUCCUAAGAAACCUGUCUCAGCAAGCAAUGCAGAGAAUUUUCUAUCUUCGUCUGGUUGGUUUGGUUCCGGAACCUCCGAUCUUGGAGAAACUUUUCUCAAGUAACAUACCGUUCUGAACCAGUCCCCAGAUACACCCAGAUAAACGUUCUGAACCAGUCUCCAGAUUUACCCGGAUAACAAUCCCGGAUCAGUAUCCAAAAAAACAGUUCCGAACCACUCUCCAGAUACACCCUGAUAACAGAACUGAACCAGUAUCCAGAACCACCUUGAUAACUGUUUCGAACCAGUAUCCGUUUUCACCCUGAUAACUGUACUGAACAAGUAUACGGAUACACCCUGAAAACUUUUCCGAACCCAUACACGGAUAUACCCUGAUAACUGUUCUGAACCAGUCUCCAGAGUCACCCUAGUUCCGAACCAGUAUUCAGAGACACCUUGAUAUAGUAUUAUACAAAACUUCCAAAAAAAAUUCGUCAUGGAGAUCGAAAAUCUGAAAAUGAGUAUUUUCUCCCCUUUUAAAAUAAAAUAAUAAUUUCAAGAUUCUUCUCUUCAUUCAAGGUUCUAUUUGUGGUGAUGCACUGAGCUAAGAUUUGUCCAAAAAUGACAAAUUCAAACAUGCGAUAAUUGUGUUCGGUGGCAACACCUCAGUUAGAGUAUAUCAAAUGUGCCCAAAGAAAAUAACUCUGGGCGAUGAGACGUCUGGGUUCUAAUGAUUACUUUAAGUUGAAACCUUCUCACCCAAAAAAGAGCAGGAGUGUUAAAAAAGCUAAGAAGGUUCAUUAUUAAAUCUUCUUGUUAGCAACACAGUGAAACCCAAGACUGAAGCACCAGAAAAUUAGUUAGUGCUAAAUCCUACACCCGGAGAAGUUUCACAGUCAAACUCAAACCACACGGAGAAGUUUUAACCAGACCUUGAAAAGUAUCAGUCCUAAAAUGAGUCUAGAGUAGAAUCUAGAUCUGGAUUUGGUUUAAACGAUCUCUCCGCCAUUAAAGUCUACCUUCCGUGACACAGUUAGACUAAUAACCCAAGGCGUUUUAAUUGAAUUCAACCCUUGGUCUCCCUUUAGUUAGUCUGGAACAUGCACGAUGAUAAAUCCGACUGAAUCACAGCGUUUCAGAUAUAAUAGUAAAUCUGUACACACUACACAAUGAUGACGUAAUAUUUUAACAAUGUUUAAUGAAAAAUGGGCAUUGACAGUUCAUACAAUUAUUUUCUCUAAAAUGAGUAUCUUUACGGUUCCGAAUUUUAAUUAAUUUUGGACCUUAUGAAACUCAAUCUGAUUGCAAGAUCUAAGCUUACAUAUUUUAUAUAGAUCUUGCAAAAAUAAAGUUAUUUUUAUAUUGUUAACUGAUCAAAGCUUACAUAUUUUACCCUCAUGUAAAACGAAUAAUGCUUUUUAUAUACAUAUAUGCUACCCUGAUCUUGCAAGAUCAAAUAUUUUUCUGACCUCUUCUAGUAAAAUAUUGACAGAAUCAAAGCUUAUUUUGAACAGAAUUGCUUUUCCUAAUUUAAGCUCAUCUAGAAUUGAUUUUUUCUUUGUAUAUUUUGACUGAUUUUAAUAGAACCCAUCACCCACUUUUUUGGGACCUGAUUUUGCUUAUGAAUGGCUUUUGACUUCAUUUACACUAAUCUGAUCAUGUCGGAUCUAAGCACACUCUGAUCUGAUAUUAUUGGAUCUGAGCUCACUCAGAUCUGAUAUUAUUGGAUCUAAGCUCACUCUGAUCUGAUAUUAUUGGAUCUGAGCUCACUCAGAUCUGAUAAUAUAGGAUCUAAGCUCACUCAGAUCUGAUAUUAUUGGAUCUAAGCUCACUCUGAUCUGAUAUUAUUAGAUCUAAGCUCACUCAGAUCUGAUAAUAUAGGAUCUAAGCACACUCUGAUCUGAUAUUAUUAGAUCUAAGCUCACUCUGAUCUGAAAUUAUUGGAUCUAAGCUCACUCUGAUCUGAUAUUUUUAGAUCUAAGCACACUCAGAUCUGAUGAUAUUGGAUCUAAGCACACUCUGAUCUGAUAAUAUAGGAUCUAAGCUCACUCUGAUCUGAUAUUAUUGGAUCUAAGCUCACUCUGAUCUGAUAUUAUUGGAUCUAAGCACACUCAGAUCUGAUAUUGGUUGAUCUAAGCACACUCUGAUCUGAUAAUAUAGGAUCUAAGCUCACUCAGAUCUGAUAUUAUUGGAUCUAAGCUCACUCUGAUCUGAUAUUAUUAGAUCUUAGCUCACUCUGAUCUGAUAUUUUUAGAUCUGAGCACAUACUGAUCUAAUAUUAUUAGAUCAAUGCUCACUCCGAUCUGGACCUCAGAAGUUUAAGCUCAUUCUGUUCUGUUAUUAGAAGAUCUAAUAUCUAAGCUCAAUCUGGCCUGAUAUUAUCCAGAUUUAAGCUCAACCUGGCCUGAUAUUAUCCAGAUUUAAGCUUAUUUAAAUCUGAUAUAUUCAUGUUAAAGCUUAUGUUACCGUAAUCUUGCCAGAUUGCUACUCCGAAUGAAAUAGACGAUCAAAUACUUGAAAAUCUUUUUGCUCCGACCUGAUCCAGCAUCAUGUAUUCUUUGCUUCUUCCUGAUUUAGCAUCAUGCAUUCUUUGCUCCGACUUGAUUCAGCAUCAUAUACUCUUUGCUCCGACCUCAUUUAGCAUCAUUUACUCUUUGCUCCGACCUGAUUCGACAUCAUGUACUAUUUGCUCCGACCUGAUUCAGAAUCAUGUACUCAUUGCUCCGAUCUGAUUCACCAUCAUGUACUCUUUGCUCCGACCUGAUUCAGCAUCAUUUACUCUUUGCUCAGACCUGAUUCAGCAUCAUGUACUCUUUGCUCCGACCUGAUUCAGCAUCAAAUAUUCUUGCCAAUCCACAAAUAUUUAUAAAUAUCCUCUAGUUAUAUUGUAUACACACUGCCUGUAUCAGUAAAGGACCGGUAAAUGCCUCAAUUAGUCUCACAGUUUUUAUCUCAAAAUUUUCAUUCGUUACACCAACAAAACCGGUUUUUUAGCUUACAGAUAAUUUUUGGAAAGUCAGCAAAAAUGUGUAUUGAAUAUUUAAUUUUCAAGAUUUCAUGACGUUCUACAUGUAAUUUACAAGUCGCGAUUUAGCCAUAUAUUGCUAACUUUGAAAUGAACCAAAUUUUUGCCAAGAUGAAUCCAGAACUGCCGAAUAAUAAAUCUCACAGUUUGACUAGUCAAUCUUUAGUUCAUUCCCCAGACACUAACUACAAACUAUGCAUUAUGGGAUUUAAACUUUUCGUUUCUAAACAAGUCAAUUUUAUUGAAAAAUAUUACAGUGGGAUCUAGACUUAUUAAACCUAAAAUAUCCAAAAAUACUC